UAUAUAUGUACAUAUAUCGCUUUCAACCAACAAAUAUCGAUACACUUACUAGUCGUUACCUUGACAACGGCGAAAACGAAAACAAACAACAAACCCAUUUCGCUCUGGUUUUUUAGUGUUGGCAGUAGUGAAAAAAAACGUUAACUAUUGUCCUGCUCGUAGGUGUGCAAUACAAAUAGGCUUGUGUAUGUGUGUGUAUGUAUGGAUUUGUGAGUAAUUGCCUGCAGGUACGCAGAACAGCCAACGGUUGUCUUAAUCGUCGCAAACAGAGGGGGAAAUGAGCUCAGCGAAUGUUGUCAACUCCGAUGUUGUCACCGUAAGUAGUAACAGUUGAACGGUUAAGUGGGUGUUCGUCUACACGAAUAUACCAAUUUUGCCACUUACUGCUUUCACGCGCUGAGGACCUUAAUGCAGUUGUUGUGGAGCAACAUGUAUCCCCAAUCCGAGUUGGAUAAUUACAAGUUGCAAGUGGAUUUGCUGCAGGAAAAGCUAAAACAAAGUGAGGAGAACCGCCAACAAUUGCAAAAAGAGCUUCAGCAGAUUUUGCAACGACGCAGCGAACACGACAAGUCGGUACGAACAAAAAUCCGACAAAAGUACCAGAGCUUUCUGGAUGAGCAGGAGCACCGCAAUGAGCGCAACAAAAUGCUAAUGCAAAUGAUCGAGCGCAUCGAUCAACAAACGACAGCGUUAUCAGCGCGCAGCGAGCGACUAAAAAUGAUGAAGCUUCAAUAUGAACGCUACUUCGCCAAACUAAUGCACGCUCAACCGGUGCGGUGCAUACCAAAUGUUAUGCCAACAACAAGAUUGGCAGCAGAAACUACACCCAUAACUGCCCUGCCAGCGUCCACACAGAUACCGGUGUUGCUGCCCACCGUAGCCGCACAGGCGCCAACAACAGCGCCACCAAUAGGCUCUCUGAACAGUGAGGUAACAACAACACCGGUGCCUGCAAUCCCUAUAUUACAACCAAGGGUUAAUCACGUGGAAGCCAUGCGAGAAUCACAGCCGGCAGCACUAACGCCACGCAUGUGGACUUUCGCAAUGGCCACACCGACGCCAGCCGGAUUAUUGCUCAGCGGAGCGCCGACAACGUCAAUGGCUACCGGCACACUACCAACGACGGCUACACCAUAUGAAUUCUUUCAGUAUCCGCUAGGUUAUGGACCGAUUAUCCAACAGCACCAACUACAACAGCAAGCGUCUUACGCUAAGGUAACUCCAACUGAUUCUGCGAUGGCAUUUGGAAAUCGGGGCGAUAUACCACAGAGCUGUAAUGCUGAUAUGACGGAGAAGAAGCAUAGUGUCCCAAAUGAGUACGAACUAACGAAUAAUAUAGUACCAACAGCAGAAGCUGCGACUUCAACAGAAUUUCCCCCCAUAGUAGACAAGGCAGUCGGUGAAACUGCUCACAAGCAAACUGAGACAAUGCCGCAUGCUAUAGACAGAAUGGAGGAGACUGGUGAAAUGAAAGAAUCUACAUAUUCGCCAGCUACAGCACACAGUAAACCUACGCAUCUAACAUCUACUCAGACCCACGAAAAAUUGUCUAGAUAUCAAUCUGACAAUACUACGUCGAUGAAGGCUUCCGUAGACAAUUUAACUCCUGUAUUUAAAGAACCGAGUUCUACUGUCAGUGAAGUUAUCAACGGUGUAUCGGCGGUUAAGCUGGAAGACGCCGAUAUUAUGGGCAUAGCAAUGAAUCAUACAAAUCCGGCCGUCACUUCGAAAGAACCAGCAAUAUUCGCAAGGCCUUCUUACAAUUUUGAAGAAGACCAUAAUAGCACAACUGCAGUAGAUGCUUUCAAUAAAGGGAAUACUAUUAAGUUAAGUACAGCGGAAGAGCAUAGGCGAAAGAUUGCAGAAAUCGAGCAGCGAUAUGGCACAAUUGAUACUGAAGCAAAUAAUGGCUACGCCAAUAGGAAUUUGAACCCAGCCAACAAUGAAAGUUACAUUGGCUUCAAGCGUUUCUCAGAAAUUGUUAAUCCAAAACAUGAAUCAAGUGCCGAGCAACUGCCAACUUCGAACGAAAAUUUGGAUAAUCAAUCGUGGCAAUCGCACAUGGGGUCCGUAGAGAAUGCAUCAAUGGCACCCACUUCUAGCAUGUCUUCCGCUUCAAAACCGCUUUCGAGCUCCAAAAUCGAUAACAUUGAGAACGCCAUUUAUGGCGAGCUAGUGAAUCCACAGUUAGCCGAAACUGAAGUGACGCCCAUAAGAACCGCAGCGCAAGGCUUCUUCACUGAACUACUUGAACAGCAAAAAACACCUUUGGAAACCAACCUGCUUGCGGAAUCUACAACACAAGAACAAGAAUACACAACAAAUCUCUCUGGAAUCACGGAGAACACCACCAUUGAGAGUGGCAUUACCGGAGAACUAAAACCAGAGAACGCCAUAAACGAGACAACUGAACCACAAACUCAGACCACUUAUGGCACCUACAAUACAGAGAUUUAUCAGCCCACAAACACAUUCAACGCAGAAAACGCUUACAGCACUGCGGAAACAGCGAAUAACUAUACUGACUAUCCCACAGAGCAAAAUAUCGAAGCAAGUUCCACAGAUACAACUGAUCAGCUACAACAAGAACAACAACCGGGCUAUUCACAGCAAGAUUACGAAAAUUAUGAUGCUACACAGUAUGGCAACUACGACCCGAAUGCUUAUCCUGGCUACAUCUACGAUGAAACUACGGGCCAAUUUGUCGUCGAUCCACAAUAUACUGCCAGCGAUGUCAGUAAUGCAGAAGCGAUAUAUACCAUACAAGAUUAUACUGAACCACAAGAGCAACAACAAGAACAACCAGUUCAAGAAGUGAAUUACGCAUAUGAAGACAGUAAUAACGCUACAGCAGCACCAGUUGCCAUUGAACAAACUGCAUUAGAAGCCGCAGCAACGCCUACUGAACCUUCCUCACCGGCAGCGACAGUAGAAGCCCCUGUGGCGCCAGCUGUCCCUAACGCUCUCAAGGUUGUUAAGCCCACCUCAAUUCUAUCGACAGCGGAAAAACAUGUCAUGCAAAGCGAUGCCCAGAAGAAGAAGAAGCGCGUAAUUUUCGUGGACAGCAGCGAAACGGACGACAGUUCCAGUGUAAAGGCGCCGACGGUUAGCGCGGCCAAUGCAGGCAAUGAGAGUGACUUUGAUUUUUCAAGUGGAGCAGAGACAUCCGUGGGCUAAGAAUUGGCGAAUUGAAGAAGUCGCUAGCCGCUACACAUUUCUAAAAAAAAAAAUUUAUAUUAAUUCUUUCUUUGAGAAACACAUUUGAAUAUUUCACCCAUGUAUGAUUCUUGCACCUUAUAAUUACACAAAUAUGUAAUUUUUUGUCAAAAUAUUAAAUAAAAGCGUUAAAGAUAUUA